AUGCAGAUGAUCGGUCAAAGUGACGAGCCGUCAGGUGAGUCCGCUGUCGUCAAGAAUGAGAACGAGAGCUUUGACACUGGCGAGUUGUGCAGCAACAUCCUAGAGCGCUGUCGUCGAGCCGAAAGCGUGCAAGAAGCUAAAGAGGGAACGUGCAGUGGCGCAGCGAGGUUUGCUAGGAGGGAACUGGAUUAUAUAGCUGAGAUGUACUGCAGUAAUUAUGAAAUUUUCCACAAAAGUUCUCUUGGAGGAGGAAGGGCAAAGGAAGCCAUUUUGUUAAAACGAAAAUUGUUGCAAGAAAUGGCUGAUUAUCUCUCAACGGUAGCUGAGGAGAAGCGCACUGUUAUGCAGAUCGACCAAAAAAUUCGAGAUGAAAUCCGACAAGUAAAGAAAUAUCUCAGAUAUAAGAGACAAAAUUGCUUUGGAAAAGGUGGUUCGAGAGAGAUUCGUUUGUCAUCUAGUCAACAGUAUAUCGCCGAUAGGCUAAAGUUGAAACCGAGGCUGUCAAAAUUGUGUGGUGAUCUUAACCCCAAGUCGACACAGGGUUCUGCUGGAUUACUGUCCAUUAUUGGGGAGCUGCAAAAUGACCGUGUAGCUAGCUGUUCCAAUACGGAUUGUCCACCAAGCCUCUCAUUCCCAGCUGACACUACGAGCUUCGCAGAGCAAACUUCCCAUGCUCUUGAUUCUACGAUGUGCAGUUACAGUGAGCAGAGAACUGGAGCGCUCGACUUGACGACGGAAACUGUGGAAGAGCUGCGCAAAAAGGCUCUUUGCAUUGAGAUUGAUUGUGCUCGAGCGCGUACAGAAGCGGCGAUAGAGGAGCGGCGUUACUGGGAAGAAAAGCGGAGUUUGCUGGCACUCGAGAGACAACUGGUGCUGGUACGACAUCACACCAACUGUGACCUUGAUUCAGCCAAAGAUCGCUUGACGGCUGCCCUAAGAGAACGACAAUACUGGGAGGAGCGGCGCAGGAUUGUUACAUUGAAGAGACAGUGCAUGAUUAACCAGUUGGAGUGA